AGUUCCUAGAAAAUGAAUCCUAAUUCUACCUCAACAAAGAGGCAAAUGUUGUAUAUGAAGCAGAGAACUGCCAGCAAAGAAAUUACUCUUCAAAAGCCUCUCCGUAAGUGCAAGCAGACAAAUCAGAAUCAGACAUGCGUCAAGGGACAAGUUCCUCUUCUGAAAAAUGUGACUCGUAACCUAAGUCUAACAGACCUAUUGAACCAGAAGAAUACCAGAAAUCUUGGAAAGAAAGCAUACCACAUUGGGAGCUUAAGCAAAAACGUUAUGAAGACUUAUCAAGAAUUGGAUAAACCUAGGUUUGGAAACACUCUCGUGAAUCGUGCCAAGAAUAAAGAACUCGGCAUGUAUAUUGAGAAGGCAACAAGGAUGAUUAGAGAGCUAAGCAGAAGCAAACCUAACAGCGAGCAUAACUCUAUUUGUAGAAAUCAAGAUGCUAGCGGUGACGAGGGUAGUGAAGUAUGAGUAUUCUCUCCCUUAAUUCCUUCUGCCAAGAUUAGUCUGGAUAAGGAUGACAGCUCAUUGUGUCAAUCUGAAAAUAGUGGAUAUGGAGCAACUCAUGCUAGAACAAGAAGCUCUAACCCAAAUCCUAUAAUGAACCAUAUUCCUUUCGGAGGUUUAAACCACAAAGGAUCAUCUAAACCUAAUACACCAAUGAAGAGGUUCAAGCCAAACUAUAGAGGAUCCUUGAAGUCUAGCAUGAAAAGAGAAACUGAGGAGCCUAAAAAGAUGAUAAAUAGUUCUACAGGGAAAAACUUGUCAAUAUCGGAUGACUCACCUUUUCAAGUAAAGAGUGGGUACUCUAAAAACAGUAAAUAUCUGAAGCAGACAAAGAAGGUGCGCUUAAAUCUGAGCUCUCAGAAAUCUCUGAAAUCCAAUUAUUCAUCAACUCUUGCGACUGUGGAAAUUUUACCCAAAAAAAUUCAAAUUAAUAUUUCUAAUAAAGAUGUGUGUAAAAGCAAAACCCAGGUCCAGAGCGAACGAAGAGAGCCAUCGAUAAAGCCAACAGUUAGCCACAAGUUCAAAAACAAGAUUGAUAGGCUAGCUAACGAGUAUGAGGAAAGCAUCAAGUCAAAAAGAAGUACCCAAUGUAGUGAAGAAGCUUAUAAAGCUAAGGGAUAUUCAGGAUUGAGUAAAGAAAAAUUUUCUAAAUACGACAACUUCUCAAAAGCUUCAGAUUAUGCAAGGAAAUCUCUGCCCUCAAGUAUUCAGGGAUCACUCGCUUGCUCAAGAGCAAACAGUAAGGGAGAAGAUAUUCGCAGAUCAAAGAACUUAUAUUGCACUCAGAAAUAUCCAAAUAAGGCUCAACAAAAGAAGGGAAUCCAUUUCAAAUCACUAAAAAGCAUGAGGCCAUGCACUUUCGCAGCAGAAACCUUCAGAAUGCAGCAUACAAAUGCAAACAGUCUACAGCAGUACAUUACCAGUGGCCGACUUAACAAAAAGUUUUAGGCCUGUUUAUUUCCUCACUC